UUGUCCCUGGGCAGUACUUGGCCGCCGACCCGCAAGGACGCGCUAUCAUGAUUAGCGCGGUCGAGAAGCAAAAACUGGUGGGUGGCUCGCUGACGGUGUUGCGAAACAAUGCGACUCACAAAGUAGCAGGGCCGCUGAGAGACACCGCUUCCAGGCUGGCCAUCUCGUCCCCGCUGGAGGCACACAAAAGCCACGCUAUCAUCUUCCACACUUGUGGAGUGGACGUGGGCUUCGACAACCCAAUCUUCGCUGUGAUCGAGCUGGACUAUUCCGAAGCCGACCAAGACUCGACAGGAGAAGAGGCGGCCAACACGGAGAAGCAGCUGGUGUACUACCAGCUUGACCUCGGACUCAACCACGUGACGAGGUUGUGGAGCGACCCCAUCAGCCGGGGUGCGAGCCUGCUGCUGCCUGUCCCGGGAGGGGAGGCGGGUCCGUCGGGCGUUCUUGUUUGCGGAGAGAACUGGGUGGCGUACAAGCACCAGGACCACCCGGAGGUAUCGCUUGUCGUCAACGACGAGCAGACGGAGGUGACGGACAUAUCCAUUGAGGUGUUCGACACCAUUCCGGUGGCCAACAGCCUCCAGAUCACCAAGAAGGGGAAGCUUUUCUGCGCCAGCGAGUUCAGCAACCACAUGAUGUUCCACUUCCACAAGAUGGGCGGAGAAGAGGGAGCGGUGGUGGCGACGCAAUGCGCGGACCCGGAAUUGGACGACAGCAGUGAAUCCGCUGCGCAGGUGGCGCCGACUUUCACGCCAUCGGCGACCUUGAAGAAUCUGUGGGGGCUGGAUGAGGUGGAGAGCUUGGCGCCGCUGACGGACAUGCUGGUUGGUGACCUCGCUCGCGAAGACACCCCCCAGAUGUAUACCUUGUGUGGCCGAGGGAACCGAUCAACACUAAGGAUCCUGCGACACGGGCUGGCUGUGACUGAGCUUGCGGAGAACGAUCUGCCCGGAGUGCCUAGCGCGGUAUUCGCCUUCAAAGAACGCCUGACGGAUGACUACGACCGUUACAUCGUGCUGAGCUUCACCAACGCGACCAUGGUGCUCGAGGUGCAAGACAGCGUCGAGGAAGUGGAAAACUCCGGGUUUUUGGCCACCUCGAGCACCCUGGACGUGAAGCUCAUGGCGAACAACAAGAUCCUACAGGUUUACUCGCAUGGGUUGCGCGUGAUCAUGAAGGGGCAGCCGCCGCAGGAGUGGCGCGCCCCCGGCAAGAAGCAGAUCGAGAAGGCAUGCGCGAACGAGCGGCAGGUGGUGCUGGCCUUGGCCGGCGGAGAGAUCAUCUUCUUCGAGCUGGAUGAGGCCAUGCAAAACAUUCAGGGUCGCUACCAGGAAGUUGGCACGAAACAACUGGGAGGGGUCGAAAUUGCUUGCCUGGAAAUGGGGGAGGUUCCUAAAGACCGUGUCAGGGCACCAUUCCUUGCCGUGGGCGACUGGAACGGGAACGUGAAGAUUCUCGGGCUGAGCCCUGAAAACCUCCUGGAGCAGGUUGCGAUUAUCAACUUGCCACACCCGGCGGAGUCGCUGUGUCUCGCGCACAUGGCUGCAGAGCAGGCGGCUGGCGGAAGCAAUGAACAGCUCUUCUUGUAUAUCGGCCUUGCUAGUGGAGUCUGCCAGCGGGUGGCAGUGGAUGCUACGGCUGGAACUCUCUCCGACCCUCGCCAGCGAUUCCUGGGAAGCAAGCCUGUCAAGCUCUUCCGGAUUCAAGUCCAGGACAAGCGAGGGAUGACGCCUCUGAGCUAUGAUCCGCUCGAUUUCGCCGCCGAGUUUUCUACGGAGAUGUGUCCGGAAGGAGUCGUGGCCGUCUCGGGGGAGAAGCUGCGGAUCUUCGGGGUGGAACGGUUGGGCGAGGUCUUCAACCAGGCGGCACUUCCCCUAAAGUACACUCCGAGGCAGAUCGCGCUUCUUCCGGGCGAUGCUCAGCACUUGGUCGUCGUGGAGGCCGACCACAACGAGUACAACGAGACGCAGGGACAGGCUGUCAAGAAAGAGGCGGAGGAGGGGGAGAAGGAGGAUCCCGCCGGUGGUGUUGCAGGCGACCCCGCCGAGAACGGGAAGCAAGAGGAGCCGUCUAAGGGAGACGCUGCCGCCGCCGGGGGUGCGGCCGCUGGUGCAGAGGCGAUGGAUCAAGACGAAGAGGAGGAGGAGGACGAUGACGAGGCCGCAGCCGCAAUGAUGCCCAUCCGGGGCCCACUCCCGCCGCAGGAUGGGUCCUGGGCGAGCUGCAUCCGUCUGCUGGACCCUGUCGAGGGGACCACAGUCGAGUGCCUCGAACUCGACGACAACGAGGCUGCUCUCUCGGUCGCACCCGUGGCGUUCCACAACCGCAACGGGGAAGCGUUCGUCGCCGUGGGUACCGCUAAGAGCCUCACGUUCCACCCGAGGGGACACGAGGGCUGCUUCGUGCACAUGUACAGGAUCUUGGAAAAUCGCCUCGUUCUGCUUCACAAGACGGAGGUGCCAGACGUGCCUCUCGCGAUGAAGGAGUUCCAAGGCAGGCUCCUCGUCGGCGUGGGACAAAGUCUCAGGAUGUACGACUUGGGGAGGAAGAAGCUUCUUCGAAAGUGCGAGAACAAGCGAAUGCCCACAAUGGUGGUGAGCCUGACCGUCACGGGCGACCGGGUAUUUGCUGGGGAUCAGAUGGAGAGCUGUCACUGCUUCAAGUACCGGAGGGCGGAAAAUCGGCUGGUGGAGUUCGCCGAUGACCAGGUACCUCGGUUCAUGACCAAGAUGUGCCUCUUGGACUACGACAGCAUCGCGGGAGCUGACAAGUUUGGCAACAUCUUCGUCCUUCGAGUACCCCUCGAUGUCAGCGACGAUGUCGACAACCCGACAGGAAACCGGCUUCUGUGGGACUCCGGCCACCUGAGUGGGGCACCGAACAAGGUUCAACAGCAGCUCCAGACUGAGACAACACUUGUAUCCCAACAAGUGUUGGUGGCACCCCUGCCGUCCGCGUCUUUCUUCCGCGCCUUCCCUGCCCGACAGUUCCACGUUGGGGAGGUGGUGAGCUCUCUACGACGGACAACCCUAGUCCCGGGUGGAGCAGAAGUCCUGCUUUACUCCACCAUCAACGGCUCCAUCGGCGCUCUGCUGCCCUUCAAAAGCCGGUGGGUCGGUGGGGAGUACAAGGACGACGUCGACUUCUUCACGCACAUGGAGAUGUACAUGCGUCAAGAGAAGCCCACGCUGUGCGGCAGGGAUCAUAUCUCCUACCGCUCCUACUAUUUGCCCGCCAAGGACGUGAUUGACGGUGACCUUUGCGAGCAGUUCUCGUCGCUGCCCUUCGAGAAGCAGAAGCUGGUGGCGAACGGGUUGGACAGAACCGUAGGCGAGGUGGUGAAGAAGCUGGAAGACACGAGGAAUAGGCUGCUCUAGUCUAGUGGAGCGAGCCAUGAG